GGAUAUUUUUACAAACAAAACGAAGCAGCCGCGGUGAUUAAAGCAGGCUCUCCAUACAAUGUCUGUCCAGCCACAGCGCCCCCAUGCGGCUGUGGUGUUUCUGUGCCUCCUGGCCUGUGGACUGGCCAUCCCAGACCCCAGGCAGAGAGAGGCUCUCAUACAGCUGGAGGCCUUCAUGCAGACAGGAGGGCAGAUGGUGCUGACUGAUGCUGAGCAGCGACUGGACACUCUCCUGCUGAAAAUAAAGCAGGAGGAGACGGCCAGGGAACACUUUCCUCCCGCCAUGCACUUCUUCAGGGCCAGGGAUCUCAUCAGGACCAGCCCCAUCUUCAGUCUGCUGCAAAAGAUGCCGAAAGGUGGAGCUCUUCAUGUCCAUGACUUUUCCAUGGUGGAUGCUGAGUGGCUGGUGAAGAACGUGACGUAUCGCCCACACUGCUACAUGUGCUGGACUGACAGCCAGUCCAUCAGAUUUAUCUUCUCGUCUCAGCAGCCAAAGCCUCUGCCGCGGUGCUCUUCUUGGGCUCUGCUGGAGAACCUUCGAGCCAAAACGAUCAACACCACAGAUCUAGACGACAGCAUCAUGAGGAAUCUGACGCUUUUCACUGAUCAGGAUCCAGAGGCAACAUACCCCAGUCAGGAUGUGGUGUGGGAUAAGUUUGAACAGAUUUUCCUCGCUCUCUGGGGUCUGGUCACUUACGCCCCUGUGUUCAGAGACUAUUUCUAUCAAGGCCUCACCCAGUUCUACACGGACAACGUCAUGUAUCUGGAACUGCGCGCUCUCCUUCCAGAGGUGUAUGAGUUAGAUGGCAGCACCCAUGACAGAGCCUGGACCCUGAAGGCCUACCAGGAUAUCACCAGGCAGUUCACGGCAGAGCACCAGGACUUCUUUGGAGCAAGAAUCAUUGUUACAAUUCACAGGGGUGUAAAUGCAUCAGUUAUGACUGAAGCUGUGAAGGAAGCAAUGAAGCUGAAGAAAGACUUUCCUGACUUCAUGGCUGGUUUUGACAUGGUGGGCCGGGAGGAUAGAGGCAGACCCCUGUGGUACUUCAGAGAGGCCUUGUCACUGCCUGCAGAGAAAGGAGUCUCACUUCCUUUCUUUUUCCAUGCUGGAGAGACUGACCUUGAGGGCACUGAAGUGGAUCAGAACUUAUUAGAUGCUCUGCUCCUGAACACGUCACGUAUCGGCCAUGGAUUUGCACUGCUUCACCAUCCGGUGGCCAAAGAUUUGUCCAGGAAGAGAGGGGUGGCUGUGGAAGUGUGUCCCAUCUCCAACCAGGUAUUAAAGCUUGUAAAAGAUCUGAGAAACCAUCCGGCAGCCGCCCUGAUGUCAGAAAAUCAUCCAGUGGUCAUCAGCUCUGAUGACCCUGCCCUGUUCGGCACAUCUGGUCUCUCUUAUGACUUCUAUGAAGCUUUUGUGGGUUUUGGAGGCAUUAAGUCCCACGUCGGCUCCCUUAAACAGCUUGCAAUGAACUCUAUCAGGUAUAGUUCUUUGACUGCACAGCAACAAGAAAAAGCAAUGGAUGAGUGGCAAAGACGAUGGAAUAAGUUCGUCUCUGAAAAUCAUUUUUAAACCAUAAAGCACAUUUCUCUUAAUCUUACUACAUCCACAUUUUUAUGUUUUUUACACAACAAGCUCUAAUUUGUCUUCUGUUAAGUGAAAUAUACUUCAGCAGGUGCUGUGUCACCCACUUUGAGUGGCUACUCUUAUGCAAAGAGGAAGGAGUUCAUGGAGAACUAACGGGUUAUACAAGGAUAAUUUGCAUAUUUAUGUGUCCCUGCAAACUAAAUCUGGCAAAGAUUUAGAGUGAAAUGUUCAUGAAAGCAUGAAUUAUUGCAAUAACUAAAUAUUAAUUAUUGCCUAAAAGGUGACCUAACGCGGUUUAAAAAUGCUAGAAUUGUAGAAUAAUCUUCAGUAUUUGUGAUUUGCUGUAAAAGAUGAUUGCACAGAGCUGUGAACUUAGGUGUGCUGCUGC